AUGUCCACUUUUUCGGGCCUCACCACCACAACAUCUAAUGCAUCGGGUCGCCAUCAACAUGGUAUUGACCCUACUCUCGACCACACGGUCGUGUCUGAAAUCCACGAGACAGAGGACCAGGUGACCGGACCCGAUCUGGAAAAGACUGGUACGCAUGUCUCCGAUUUUGAAAAGCAGGAACAAACCCACAACCCCAACCAGGAUGCCGAAUAUGAGCCAGCUACCACCAACAAGUCAGACAAUAGCGAUGAGCUCUAUCGCACGGCUUCUACGGUAGCCCCUUCACACCGCUCCGUUCGUAUGGACCCCAUGAGCCGGGUCACGACUGACGCGGAGGGAAACACUUACCCAGAGGGUGGGCUUGAAGCAUGGCUGGUGGUGCUCGGGAGUUUCUUGGGUCUUUUUGGCUCCCUGGGACUCGUCAACACCAUCGGUACUUUCCAGGCCUACAUCGAGAAUAACCAGCUGAAAGACUAUAGCUCCGGUAACAUCGGGUGGAUCUUUGGCAUGUAUGCCUUCUUGACCUUCUUCUGCGGUGUUCAGAUCGGCCCCAUCUUCGAUGCCCGCGGGCCACGUUUUCUUGUCCUGGCAGGCUCCAUUUGUGAGAUGGCAAUGAUGAUCCUCCUGGGAUUUUGUACCAAGUACUGGCAUUUCAUGCUUGUGAUCGGUGUUCUGGGCGGAGUGGGCGCGUCUUUGAUAUUCACCCCAGCCAUCUCAGCAAUCGGUCAUUUCUUCUUUGAAAAACGUGGAGUCGCAACUGGUAUUGCUGCUACCGGUGGCUCGAUUGGAGGAAUUGCCUUUCCCCUCAUUCUGGAAAGCCUUUUUCCCAAGAUUGGAUGGGCCUGGGCAACCCGUGUGAUUGCCCUGAUAUGCCUAAUCGCUUUUGGAUUCGCAAACCUACUCAUCAAAUCUCGCCUACCACAACGGCCUUUCUCUAGAGAAAAUAUCCUUCCGGAUUUCAAGAUUUUCCGCGAGCCUCGAUUUGCAUUGACUACCGCUAGCGUGUUCUUUAUUGAGUGGGGUCUCUUCGUGCCUAUCAGUUACAUCUCCUCUUACGCUCUGGAUCAUGGCUUCUCCACGAAACUUUCAUACCAGAUGGUAGCCAUUUUGAACGUUGGCUCGUUCUUCGGAAGAUGGCUUCCAGGAUUCUUUGCUGAUUUCCUUGGCCGAUUCAACACUUUGAUCGCAACUGUGGCUCUCUGCUUGCUAUGCAAUGCAUGCCUCUGGCUUCCUGCCGGGAACAGUCUGGCAUUGCUCAUCGUAUAUGCCGUCCUCUUCGGCUUCUCCAGUGGAAGUAACAUCAGUUUGACGCCCGUCUGCGUCGGUCAACUGUGCAAGACCGAAAACUACGGUCGUUAUUACGCAACCGCAUACACGAUUGUAAGCUUUGGCACCCUGACCGGUAUCCCCAUCGCCGGAGAAAUCCUAUCGCGCUGCAACGGUGAAUACUGGGGCCUCAUUGCUUUCACUACAGUGUGCUAUGCGGCUGGUCUCGCUUGCUGUACCGCCGUAAAGGUCAUACAGGUCGGCUGGCGUCGUCCUCUCGCUAUUUACUAG